GCAAAAUGCACGAUGGAUGUGUAAUCGUGUAUAUGCAAUGUGAUUUUACAAGAUAAUAUACCUACAUCAACUUGUAUCAUUUUCCAUUUGAUGAAACUAACGAAUUCUACUAAAUAAAUAUACUAGAGUGCAUACAACGUUAUGAAUUCGGUGACUCCAGGGUAUUUGUACCGCAUGCCAUUAUGAAAUCAUAACAUUUUGUAUCCAUUGUCUUAUAUCUGAUAUUAUUUGUAAUGCUGAUAAGCUGAUGAUAAAAUGAUGGCAUGACACGAUUAAAAGAUAACUUGAAAAUUAAAUAGUUAUGGACCUCCCAACUAUCACACACGAUCAAUAAUUGUAAAUUAAAGGAACGAAUUGAGUUUAAAAAUCUGUGGCCUCCAUAGUUGUACAGUCAUCAUAGUGUACACACUUUCCUGCAAAAUGUCUAAAAUUCCUCAUGUGCUCUCCCUGGCUUUGGUCUAUGCAAUUUUUUGUGCUUCGAGCAUAUCAGGACAAGAUGAAAGUUGGCAGCUUGGACCAUUUGUGAAACAAGAUGCGGUGAAUCCAAUAAUGGGUCCCUUAAACUAUACCACAUUCUUCUGCCCUAUUCGACAAGAAGCCGUGAAUUGGGAAAAGAAGGACAUUUUCAAUCCUGGAGCUAUUCUUAAGGAUGGAAAAGUCCACAUAUUGUACCGUGCAGAGGACGACGUGGGACUCUACAAUGGAACUUCCCGUAUUGGGUUGGCCAUUAGCAUGGAUGGGGUGAAUUUCCAGCGAUACCCUCUGCCCGUGUUUUAUCCACAAAAUGAUUCUUUCGCCAUUCAUGAGUGGGAGGGUGGUUGUGAGGACCCACGCAUUGUGGAAUUCAAUUCAACAUAUGUCAUGACUUACACGGGAUAUGAUGGGGACUUGGCAAGAUUGAUGGUUGCAACUUCAACGGACUUGAUAACCUGGACCAAACACGGUUCCGUCUUUGCUGAGGCCGAGGGUGGCCAAUUUGUAGAAAUGUGGUCUAAAUCUGGCUCCAUUGUGACACGGGUCUCUGAAAAGGGAAAGCAAGAAGCCGUGCGGCUUAAUGGAGUAUUUUGGAUGUACUGGGGAGAGACGAGCAUCUUUGCAGCCACUUCGGAUGAUCUCGUCAACUGGAUUCCUGUCACUGAUCCAAACGGAACGGAAAACGAAUUCAAUCUCACGGCCAUAUUUGAACCACGUGAAGGGAAAUUUGACAGCGAUAUUGUAGAACCUGGACCUCCAGCUAUUCUUACAGAACGUGGAAUCGUCUUUGUGUACAACAGUAGAAAUCUGGAUCCCUUAUCGGGAGGUGACUCCAAUUUACCAAGGGGGACAUACUCUGCCGGGCAAGUGCUACUCAAUGCAACCAAUCCCAUUCAAGUGCUCAGCCGGUUGGAAAACUACUUUUUUACUCCGGAGAAAGAUUACGAGGUUAUCGGACAGGUCAACAACGUUGUGUUUCUCCAAGGCCUGGUCUCAUUCAAUGGCUCGUGGUACCUCUACUAUGGGACGGCAGACUCGAAAAUUGCAUUGGCCAUUAUUGAAUAAACCAGAAUAAAUCAUCACAAAAAUAAUCAUCUUGGAA